GUGUGCAGGGCCCUGGGGAUCCCGUGCCGAUGCGUGAGCAACUUCGUCUCGGCCCACGACACCGACGCCACGCUGAGCAUCGACAAGUACUUCGACGUGUUCGGCGACGUGAUCGAAGGCGGGCCCGGCGGCGAGUGCCUCGACACCGUCUGGAACUUCCACGUGUGGAACGACGCCUGGAUGGCGCGGCCGGACCUCCCGCCGGGCUACGGCGGGUGGCAGGCCAUCGAUGCCACGCCACAGGAGACCAGCGAGGGGAGAAAUCAGUGCGGACCGGCGUCCUUGGCGGCGAUCCGGAACGGGGAGGUCGGCUUCGCUUACGACACACCAUUCGUCUUCACGGAAGUCAAUGCGGAUCUCAAGCACUGGCAAGAAGAUCCCGAGUCUCAAUGGGGUUUCUCAUUGCGACAGACUGUUGACUAUCACGUCGGUCGGGCGAUCAUCACGAAACGCCCCGGACGGGACGACGACCAAGGAGACGGAGACGCAGAAGACAUCAUCGACCAAUACAAGAACACGGAAGGCACGACGUCGGAGCGGCUGGCCAUGAUGAACGCCGUGAGGAUCCUGAAGCCAUCCUUCCCUCACGAGGACCGCAAGCCGGCAGCGUCGGCGGAGGACGUCCACUUCGACCUCGUGGAGCUGGAUCGCAUCCUCGUCGGGGAAUCCUUCAGCGUCACCGUCCACCUUCGGGUGAGCCCCCGUGUCGGCUUUCGGGUGGAUUCUGGCCUGAGAUUAACCGAUGGAGAUCAAUGA